GAAGAAAGUAUAGUUUUUAAAGACCAUUUUCCAAAAUUAGUGGUAACACAUUAAAAUUUCCAUAAGUGCGAAAUCCUGUAACCUGAGGAAGCCGUAAUGUGAAGAUUCCUGUAUAGUGUCUUUCGAGGUUCCCAACUUUUACUUCUGCCAGUUUUUAAAUAUAUCAAAAAAAAUUCUUUCAUUAGCACAGAUAAAAAAUGAGAAUAUGUGACAUUCAUACGUUUUCCCCGGAAAUAAAUAAAUAAAUAAAUAUCAUAGAACGAAAAAAAGAAAAAAAAAACAUCUUUCAGGAGAUCGCAACUAAACGCUGAAAAACUCGCUUAGUAGUGACUGUUAGUGUAUCUGAAUCUCCUUGGCAGGAGAGCGAUGGCUGCGCAUCUACGAAGGUUACUCGUCUCGGCUUCUGCCAACGCGUUACGGCGAUCGGCUUUUAGAACAAAUGUAGGUGCCACUCAACUGUACCGAUGCAAAAGUACAGUCCAAGAAACCCGACCUACAAUUAGGCCUGAAAAACCAUUAGAGAAGAAGGCUCUAUUUGACUUUGGUGAAUAUGUUGGGAGUUGCUUACCAAAAUACGUUCAAAAGGUUCAGCUAACUCAUUCCAAUGAGCUUGAAGUUUUGAUUCACCCGGAUGGCAUUGUACCUGUCAUAACUUUCCUCAAGGAUCAUCACAAUGCACAAUAUUUGAAUAUUGUUGAUAUUGCUGGUGUGGAUGUUCCUACAAAACCUUAUCGUUUUGAGGUUGUGUAUAUUCUUCUUUCCCUGAAUUACAAUGCUCGGAUCCGUGUAAAAACAUACACUGAUGAACUGACCCCUCUUGACUCAAUCUGUUCUGUUUUUGCUGGAGCCAAUUGGUAUGAAAGAGAAAUUUGGGACAUGUAUGGAGUAUUUUUUGCUAACCAUCCUGACUUGCGGCGCAUUUUAACAGAUUAUGGUUUUGAUGGCCAUCCUUUUAGGAAAGACUUCCCUCUCUCAGGAUUCACGGAAGUUCGUUAUGAUGAUGAGUUACAACGUGUUGUCAUUGAACCCCUGGAAAUGACGCAAGAGUUUCGUAAGUUUGAAUACAGUACACCUUGGGAAACAUACCGCAAUUACCGAGAAACAAACGAAGCUCAGGAAAUUGCUUUGAAGCAAGUUGAAAGUGGAAAAGUUGAAGAAAAGAAAUAACUACAAACACUUGUUAGAAAGUUACAGAAUCUUUUAAUAAACAACAGACUGUAUGUAUUGAAUGUUGAAUAAAUUAAAAAUAAUGACAAUAAAAUUAGGCUGUAAAUAAA